AUGACUUCGGUCGAGCACUCUCCGCCCGCGCAUAGCCCGCCUGGGCCAGAUGCCAAACGGCCUCGGGGCAUCCUCAAAAACCCUUCCUACAACACCCCGCCCUCUCCCCUACAGCUGCGCGAACGCUCCUCGUCAAGCAAAGAAGUGACGCUCGCCAACACGCAGCUCAACGCCGGCCGCCGCCGAUCGUCGUCCGGAGCAGGCUCCCGCCGCCACUCGUCCACCAGCGUCACGGACCCCUCGGAGCCGGGCCAGCGCCUCAAGUGGGAUGAGGCGAACCUCUACCUGACGGAGCAGGAGCGCACGUCGACUAUGAAAAUCACCGAACCAAAGACUCCCUAUGCGAAGCAUUACGACCCGGCGGAAGACCCCUCCGACGACGAAGUCGACGGGGACGAAGGCGAGGGCGGCCUGGGCGGCUCUGCUUCUGCUCGCAAGGCUCACCGUCGUGGUGCUGAAGACGACAUUCCGGGCCUAUCGCUGGGCGAGCCGGAGGAAGAGAUCCCGGAGAGGCCGCCGCCGGCGUCGCGCAGCUCCAGCGAGAAGACGGUCCAUGUGGACAAGGGCAGCGUCACCCCCUCGGCGGAGGAGGAGAUCGUCGGCCUCUCGGCGGAAGAAAGGGAGAAGCACCGCAAGUUCGAGGAGAUGAGGAAGAAGCAUUAUGAGAUGAAGAGCGUGGCGCACAUUCUGGGACAUCCCGAGGCGAUACCGGAUGACGAGGACGAGGACGAGGAGGAUGAGGAUGACGAAGGGAGUGGGGAGAAUGGGGUUCCGCCUAUGCCACCCUUGCCUGCGCAUCUUGUCAAUGGGUCAGCAUAG